UCCCGCUGCCCUUUCUCCUCCUCGCGCUCUCCGAGGCUCCCGUUUCUCCCUCUCUUUGUUAGUUGCAAGUGGAAAGGCAGGGCAGGGAGGAGAGGUCCCCGGAACUUUAAAUGGCCUCCCCGGGCUUCCCCGCUGCGGGCCCGCGCGGGGAGGCGCCCCGAGGGCGGGGGUGUGCGGGGCCCUUCCCCGCCAGCUGCCGCGGCGGCGCUCGCCGGGCUCGCCCUCGGCGUUCCGUUUGAAAAGGCGGCCCGGGGAGCUCGGCUAUUCCCCUAAAAAGCAAAACAAACUCUGGUUCUCGCUUUGAACUUCUGUCGACUGCGAAAGGCCUUUCUUUGCUGGAACGUCUUGCGUGUUUCACGCCUGUUCUCAACGGAGGCAGUAAGGGGCCGUGGAGCUGGCCUCGGCACCGGGAGAGGCUGGACUUCCUGUCUCUCUGUGCUGAAUGGCUGCGAUGGCGCCCGCUCUCACUGACGCAGCAGCUGAAGCCCACCACAUCCGGUUCAAACUGGCUCCCCCAUCUUCCACCUUGUCCCCUGGCAGUGCCGAAAAUAACGGCAACGCCAAUAUCCUUAUUGCUGCCAACGGAACCAAAAGAAAAGCCAUUGCUGCAGAGGACCCCACUUUAGACUUCCGAAAUAAUCCUAAGGAAGACUUAGGAAAGCUGCAACCACUGGUGGCAUCUUAUCUCUGUUCUGAUGUAACAUCUGUUCCCCAGAAGGAGUCUUUGAAGUUGCAAGGAGUCUUCAGCAAGCAGGCAGUUCUUAAAUCUCAUCCCCUCUUGUCUCAGUCCUAUGAACUCCGAGCUGAGCUGUUGGGCAGACAGCCAGUUUUGGAGUUUUCUCUAGAAAAUCUUAGAACCAUGAAUACAAGUGGCCAGACAGCUCUACCACAAGCGCCUGUAAAUGGAUUGGCCAAGAAACUGACUAGAAGUUCACAUUCUGAUCAUGACAGUUCCAGUCCCCUCAACGGGGGGAAGCAAGCUCUCACUUCAUGUGCUCUUCAGGGGGGUGGCAUCGGGGGCUCCGACUCUGGGUACUUGAAGGGGGGUAUGACCAAUUGCACUCUUCCACAUAGAAGCCCUGAUGUAGAACACACAACUCCAUAUAGCAAUAAUAGCACUGCAAACAAAUCUUCUGUCAAUUCCAUGGAACAGCCGGCACUUCAAGGAAGCAGUAGACUAUCACCUGGUACUGACUGCAGCCCUAACUCGGGGAGUGUCCAGUUAGAGGAUAAAAAGUCCCCUGUGUCUUCCGUGCGUGCCAGUGCUUUAGAUUCUGACACAAGGAUAACAGCUUUAUUGAGGCGGCAAGCAGAUAUUGAGAGCCGCGCUCGCAGGCUACAGAAACGCUUACAGGUUGUGCAAGCGAAGCAGGUGGAGAGGCAUUUACAGCAUCAGCUGGGUGGGUUUUUGGAGAAGACUUUGAGCAAACUGCCAAACUUGGAAUCCUUGAAAUCCCGGAGCCAGUUGAUGCUGACCCGAAAGGCUGAAGCUGCCUUAAGAAAAGCUGCCAGUGAGACCACUACUUCAGAAGGACUUAGCAACUUCCUGAAAAGCAAUUCAAUUUCAGAAGAAUUGGAGAGAUUUACUGCUAGUGGCAUAGCCAAUUUGAGGUGCAGUGAACAGGCAUUUGAUUCAGACAUCACUGACAGUAGCUCUGGAGGGGAGUCUGACAUUGAAGAGGAAGAACUGACCAAAGCUGACUCUGAGCAGUGCCACGUACCCCUGAAACGCAGGUCAGAAUGGAGAUGGGCUUCAGACCGAGCAGCUAUUGUCAGCCGCUGGAACUGGCUUCAGGCUCAUGUUUCAGACUUGGAGUAUCGAAUUCGUCAACAAACAGACAUUUACAAACAGAUACGUGCUAAUAAGGGAUUGAUAGUACUUGGGGAGGCAUCUCCUCCAGAGCAUACCACAGACGUGUUGCUUCCACUUGGCUCUGAGGUGAAGACAGACCGUGGGACUGAUACAUCUAUUGAAUCUGUUUCUCAGCCACUGGAAAACCAUGGUCCCCCUGUUGGACGUAUUCCAGAGUCACUGUCUACCAAAACAUGUGGAGCACUGAGACCUGUUAAUGGGGUCAUUAACACUCUUCAGCCUGUCUUGGCAGACCAUGUUCCAGGUGACAGUUCUGAUGCUGAGGAACAGCUACAUAAAAGGCAGCGACUGAAUCUAGUUUCAUCUGAUGGCACCUGUGUGGCCGCCCGAACACGUCCUGUACUAAGCUGUAAGAAACGGAGGCUUGUUCGACCCAACAGCAUUGUUCCUCUUUCCAAGAAGGUUCAGCGGAACAGCGUUGCCCGCUUUGGCUGCGAUGUGAAUACCUCCUGUGCGCUGUGCGGCUCGGGCAGUGUCAGCACAAUGCCUCCUGAAAUCCACUAUGAAGCUCCUCUGUUGGAACGUCUUUCCCAGUUGGACUCUUGUAUUCACCCUGUGCUAGCAUUUCCAGAUGAUGUCCCCACAAGCCUGCAUUUCCAGAGCAUGCUGAAAUCUCAGUGGCAGAACAAGCCUUUUGACAAAAUCAAACCUCCCAAAAAGUUUUCACUUAAGCACAGAUCACCCAUGCAAGGCAGCCUGACAGAUCCAGCUCGGAAAGACAGGCACAAGUUGGUCAGCUCCUUCUUAACAACAGCCAAGCUGUCCCAUCAGCAAACGCGGCCUGACAGGACCCACAGGCAGCACUUAGACGAUGUGGGGGCCGUGCCCAUGGUGGAGCGAGCGGCAGCGCCCAAAGCAGAGCGCUUGCUCAGCCCACCGCCACCCGUGCACGACCCAAACCACAGCAAAAUGAGAUUGCGAGACCAUUCAUCUGAGAGAAGUGAAGUGUUGAAGCAGCACACCGAGGUCAGCAGUGCGGGCUUUGUGGCAGCCGCCCACCACGCGCCACACAGCCCCUUGGUGCGACAGCUCUCUGCCUCGUCGGACGCCUCUGCGCCCACCAGCUCGAGCUCGCAGGUCUCAGCCAGCACGUCUCAGCCAGUACGGAGGAGAAGGGGGGAGAGCUCAUUCGAUAUUAACAACAUUGUCAUCCCGAUGUCUGUUGCUGCAACAACCCGUGUAGAGAAGCUACAGUACAAGGAAAUCCUUACUCCCAGCUGGCGGGAGGUUGAUCUUCAGUCUCUGAAGGGGAAUCCAGAUGAGGAGAACGAGGAGAUUGAAGACCUGUCAGAUGCGGCCUUCGCCGCCCUGCAUGCCAAGUGCGAGGAGAUGGAGAGGGCGCGGUGGCUGUGGACCACGAGUGUACCGCCCCAGCGGCGGGGCAGCAGGUCUUACAGGUCAUCCGACGGCCGGACCACACCGCAGCUGGGCAGUGCCAACCCUUCCACCCCGCAGCCCGCCUCCCCUGAUGUCAGUAGUAGCCACUCUUUGUCUGAGCUCUCCCAUUGUCAGUCCCCUAGGAGUCCCAUUAGCCCAGAAUUACACUCGGCACCCCUCACCCCUGUGGCUCGGGAUACUCUGAGACACUUAGCCAGUGAAGACACCCGUUGUUCCACACCAGAGCUGGGUUUGGAUGAACAGUCUGUGCCACCAUGGGAGCGGCGCACGUUCCCCCUGCCAUACAGUCCCCAGGCAGAGGGUGAGGACCAACUGGACGCACAGGAGCGGGCCGCCCGCUGCACACGGCGAACCUCAGGCAGCAAGACUGGCCGAGAGACAGAGGUGGCACCCACCUCACCUCCCGUUGUCCCCCUCAAGAGUCGGCAUCUGGCGGCAGCAGUCACAGCUCAACGCCCGACUCACAGAUGAGCAGGAGAUGAAAAUCUAAACAGACUCACUAACUUGGCAUUAAAGCUUCAGAAAUCUCUGCGUUUGAUAUUCAAACAUCAUAUGCCGGAAAUUUUCACAGUUUUUAGUGAAUUUAAGGAAUUUAGACCUCCUUUGGUAUUAUUUUUUUCUUGUUUUAAUUUGUUUUGUUUUUGUUUCCAUGUUUUCUUGUCACACACCUGAGCACUUCCUCCAGUUGGCAGACAGCAGUUCAGGACAAGACCUUCCUGGCUGGUCCUGGCAUGGCCUCUGCCUUGUUGAGUCACUGGAUGUAGCAAUGGUAGAUGAUCACCCUCUCCCUCACACCUGCGGCAGGGUGGGAAGGCCAGAUGGGCAGGGACAGGGAGAGCUGCCGUCGCUCAGCAUGGCCUCGCGUUGCGGGGGCAGCACGGGUGCUCCGGGCUCUUGGCUGAUCCGCAGCCUGCCUUCCUGGCAGGUCUACCCAGUUUGUGGGGCUGGUAUGCCCACCAGCACCCCUUUCUUUGCCAUAACUGCUAGCUGUUCUCUCUGAGCUCUCAGCUGGCAGAAAGGCUUCCCGCGUCUGCAAUGUCUCAAGACUUCCUUUCAGUCUUACCUGCCUUUGAUCGUCUGUUUGGACUCCCUCACUGCAGCAACCUGGCUGUGGCCACCCAGGUUCCCCCUGCCCACUCCUGCUGUGCACAUACCCACACACGAGUCCUUCCACUCUGCAGGUAUUUACUGCUGCCCCAGUGCAGAAGGUUGGGGUUAGGACUCUGUGACCUGUCUUCUCUCCCUGGGGGUUUGGGGAGUAAGCCAUCUCCCCUGACGGGUCACUUAACCGCUCUCCUUCCCCGCCAGUCCUGUGCCGGCUCCCACCGCACUCCUGUGCCUGUGGGGUGCUUCUGGCCCCAGCUGUGGUGUCCAUUGCUCCGUCACCCCCUUGUCAGCCCUGUGCCUGUCUCCUGUGUGGUCACAGCACCAAAAAGGGGCGGGGAAGGACCUUUUUUUUUCCUGCCAUUUUGUAAUCGUAUAAAAAUAGUAGACAAACUGCUUAAUGGUUCGGGGGUUUUUUCACAAUUUUCAACAUUAGUGAUUUUUUUUUUUUUUCCGGUUCUGUUUGCAAGUUAAAGGGUUUGUCAUUGUUUCUUUAAACAACAAUAAUGCACCAUAUCCCUAUGCAUAAAGUGCUUCUUCUAUUUAUAAGGUUGAAAAUUCUGAAUAACCCUUUUAGCAUUGUAAAAAAAAAAAACAAAAAACAAAAAUUAAAAAAAACGUAUUUUGUAAAUAUUUUCCUUUCCUGCUUUGAGCUGUGUACUGGCAGCGAAACAUGUAGCUGUCUUCGUUCUAUAGAAAUGCUUUUCUUCAGAGAAGCUGAUCUUUGUUAAUGUCUUGAUUCUGUUCGCAAAGCACAGACUAGUGCUUAAAAAAAAAAGAAAAGAAAAAAAGAAAAAAUAAAAAAAAGUUCCAGA